AUGCACUUAACAACAUUGAAAGAAAGAAGAGAAAAAGGUGACUUAAUCACAAUAUAUAAAUUGAUGAACAACCUGGAGGAAAUAGAUAGAAAAGACUUAAUAUUGAGAAGAAAAGGACACAAAAAAAUACUGCAUAAAGAAAUUUGUUUGAAAGAUAUAAAAAAAGUAGUUUUCCCCAAAGAAGUAUAG